UUUUUUGUUUGGUUGCUUGGUUGUUUUUGGUUCUGGUUUUGGUUUUUUUGGUUGGGUUUUUUUGUUGUUGUUUUUUUCUCUUUUAUUUUUUUUUUGCCGCCGCCGUGUGCCGGCGCGGGGCUGGCUUCUCCUUUUGAGCGUCUCCAUCCCCCGGCGGAGGUUAUGAUGGUGCAUUGUGCGGGCUGCGAGAGGCCGAUUUUGGACCGGUUCCUACUGAACGUCUUGGACAGGGCAUGGCACAUCAAAUGCGUCCAGUGCUGCGAGUGCAAGUGCAACCUGACCGAGAAAUGCUUCUCCAGGGAAGGGAAACUCUACUGCAAAAAUGACUUUUUCAGGAGGUUUGGAACCAAAUGCGCCGGCUGCUCCCAAGGGAUCUCUCCCAGCGACCUCGUCCGAAAAGCCCGGAAUAAAGUCUUUCACCUGAACUGUUUUACCUGCAUGGUCUGCAACAAGCAGCUCUCCACGGGCGAGGAACUCUAUAUCAUCGACGAAAACAAAUUUGUUUGCAAAGAGGAUUAUUUGAACUCUCCCAGUUUGAAGGAAGGCAGCCUCAACUCAGUGUCCUCAUGUACAGACAGGAGUUUGUCCCCGGAUCUCCAGGACCCCAUGCAGGACGACACCAAGGAAACGGACAACUCCACCUCCUCGGACAAGGAGACCACCAACAACGAGAACGAGGAGCAGAACUCGGGCACCAAGCGGAGGGGUCCCCGCACCACCAUUAAAGCCAAGCAGCUGGAGACCCUCAAAGCUGCCUUCGCCGCCACCCCCAAACCCACCCGCCACAUCCGGGAGCAGCUGGCCCAGGAGACCGGCCUCAACAUGAGAGUCAUCCAGGUGUGGUUCCAGAACCGUCGGUCGAAGGAGCGGCGGAUGAAGCAGCUGAGCGCGCUGGGCGCCCGCCGGCACGCGUUCUUCCGCAGCCCCCGCAGGAUGCGGCCCCUCGGCGGCCGCCUCGACGAGUCCGAGAUGCUCGGCUCCACGCCCUACACGUACUACGGAGAUUACCAAGGUGACUACUACGGGCCGGGAGGCAACUAUGACUUUUUCCCCCACGGGCCUCCCUCCCAAGCCCAGUCCCCGGCCGACUCCAGCUACCUUCAGAACUCAGGACCCGGCUCCACACCCCUGGGACCCUUGGAGCCCCCCCUAAGCGGACACCACUCCUCAGAAAACCAAAGGUACACGGAUAUGAUCUCGCACCCCGACACCCCGAGCCCCGAGCCGGGGAUGACGGGCUCUCUGCACCCCAUCCCGGGGGAGGUUUUCAGCGGGGGGCCCAGCCCUCCCUUCUCCAUGUCCAGCAAUAGCGGCUACAGCGGGGCUCUGUCGCACCCCAACCCGGAGCUCAGCGAGGCGGCGGUGUGGUAGGCCCGGCGUGGGCACGCGUGUGAGUGUGUGCAGGGGGAAAAAACCCCCCUGGUCCCCCCCCAGCCCACGCGUGUCCCCCCCUGGCCCCACAGCAGGGCCGGAUAAAGCCCCCCCCGCCCGAUGCCAAACCGCAUCCCGGCGUCCGCCCGUCCUCCCCAUCCCCGCUCCUCUCGGGGCCACCCCGCUACCUCCCCCCUGCCGCCACCUUCCCCCCGACACUUUUUGGGGGGCAAUGAAAGGUGCCCAGCCCUGCGGAGCCCGCCGGAGUCGGGACCAGCGCCUCUCGGACCAAAGCUGAACUCGCCGGGACACAGCUCCCACAGCCCCGGCGGCACCGGGGGAGGGGGGCUGCGGCAGGGCUCCCCCCUGCUAAUUAGCAUCCUUUUUAAUUAUCCCCUACCGCAGGAAGGGGGGGGGAUGGGGAAUAGCAGGAAUAAUCCCCCCCCCGCCACCCCGUGGCCCCUCCCUGCCCUGAUUUUUAUUGUUCCCGUUUUACCCCCGAGGAGAGGAUGGGUUUGGGCUCGGAUUUUGGCGGUGGGGAGGAGGGGGCUGUGCGGGAGCCAGGGGCUGCCCCAGUGACUGGCUGAGAUUGGGCUCCCACGUGGUGGAACUGACACUAGAAAGAGGCAGAAACAGGAAAAACACAACAACAACAACGACAAAAUAAAACCCCCAACAAACAAUAAACCCCAGAACGAAACCAACCCAACCACAACAGCAGAAAUUUCACCCGAGCCUCGACGCCGAGUCCCACCCCAACGAUUCCCAGAGGCUCCGCCAAUUUAAGGAUGUAUUAUAGUUUUUGCUUCUAGUUUCUUUAUUUUGUAUAAAGGAGAAACAAAUAAAGUAUGUUUUUGUGUUUACUGA